UAAAAUUAUUUUAAUUUCAUUGAAAAGCUGAAAAGUGGUCUCAUUCUUCACUUUGAAAACACCAUAUACACACUCACCACCAUCACAUGCUCUGCUCCUCCACCAUUUAAAAAUUAAAAAAAAUAAAAAAAAUAAAAAAUCUAGUCUUUGCUGCGAAUUUGUGGGUUGUCCGAAAAUUUUACCGGGCAGUCCUCAGAUCUUGGCCAAGAUUCAUUUUUUAUUUGAAAAUAUGAUAACCCAGAUGAGAAGCAAUCUCCGCACUUGCUGCUGAGAAAGAAAGUGAGGGUUUUUUGUUGAUUGGUUGCUUCCAAGAAAGAAACUUUAGAUUUUCUUCAUUCUUCUUCACAGGAUGGACAAGAGGAAAUGGCUGUGGAAGAGAAGAUCUUCCGAGAGGAGCCCCGGUGAAAGUGAAAGCUCUGGUUCAUUUUCUUCACAUUCCGAGAGAUACUCUGAUGAACAGGAAGCACUGAGAGAAUCUCCGAACGACAGUCAACAAUCACCAGAAGUAACUUCAAAAUCCACAAUAACCGAACAAGUGAAGGAAAGCGUGAAAAGUCUAACAGAAAAGCUAUCAGCCGCUCUCGUAAAUGUCAGCGCCAAAGAAGACCUAGUUAAGCAGCAUGCUAAAGUUGCUGAAGAAGCUGUAGCUGGCUGGGAAAAGGCAGAAAACGAAGUGGCUGCAUUAAAGCAGCAGCUCGAAGUUGCGGUUCAGCAAAACUUGAACCUGGAAGUAAGAGCCAGUCAUCUAGAUGGGGCCCUCAAAGAAUGCGUCAGAGAAUUAAGGCAAGCAAAAGACGAGCAAGAGAAACGAAUAUCAGAUGCUUUGUCAGAGAAAAACACCGAAUGGGAGUCCACUAAAUCCGAACUCGAGAAGCAAAUCCUCGAUCUCAAAUUACAGGUGGAAGCUUCUAGAUCUCAAAAUUCUGCUUCUAUUGUUGAAGGUUUGAAGAAAGAGAAUUCGUCCUUAAAAAAAGACCUCGUUUCUUGUUAUGAGGAGUUGGAAAUUAUGACAAUCGAGAGAGAUUUGAGCACGCGGGCGGCAGAAACUGCUAGCAAGGUACAGCUCGAGAGUAUAAAGAAGAUUGCUAAGCUCGAGUCUGAGUGCAGAAAGCUUCAGACAAUAUCUCGAAAAUCAUCUCCGUCCAAUAAUCAGAAACCCUCCUUUUAUCCUGAAUCUCUAACAGAUAGUCACUCAGACAAAGACAUUAAUGGGUCCGAACGAAGUUUCUCAGAGCUCGAUCAAUUCAAGACUGUUGUUAUAAAGCCGUCGGUUGAAAUUGAUAUGAUGGAUGAUUUUCUUGAAAUGGAACGCCUCGUUGCAUUGCCUGAAACUAAGAGCAGCUCUCCGGUUUCUGGAGAAUCCAUUUCUGUGGAUGAUAGAUUGAGAACUGAGCUUGAUUCGAUGACUCAGCGAGUGGCUGAGUUGGAAGACAGGUUAGAGAAGAUAGAAUCGGAGAAAUUAGAACUUGAGAAUAUUCUAGAACGUACCGUGGAUUCCCUCAAGGAUGCACAGGCUAGGUCGGAAGAAACCGAAACGAAGUUGGAGGAGCUGCAGCAGGAGAUGAAUGCAGUAAACGAGACAAAAGAGUUGCUUGAGUUUCAACUAGUUGACAUGGAAGUAGAAGCAAGGACCAUGUCCGCAAACGUCGAUUCCUUAAAAGCGGAAAUCGAGGAAGAGAGAAAGUUAUCAGCAGAAAUGAAAGUCAGGUGUCGAGAAUUGGAGAAUGAACUAGCCAGAACAAUCCAAGAAAUCGAGAUUGAGCAUAACAAUAACUCAAAUAGUGAACUGAAAAUAAAGCAGGAGGAUUUAGCUGUAGCUGCCGAUAAGCUUGCAGAGUGUCAGAAAACGAUAGCAUCGCUUGGAAGACAGCUUCAAUCUCUUGCAACAUUGGAAGAUUUCUUGAUAGAUUCUUCGAAUAUACCAGGGUUGUCUACUAAAAACAUGCUAACACCAAAAUCUGAUUUGGAUCGACCAAGAAUGUCAGCAGAUAAUUAUAGUCUUCUUACAAACGGAAACGAGGAUUUGUCUUUGUCACCAUUGUCAACCAACCAUAUAACAACUGGCAAGAAUCGGAGCAGUUUCGGGAAAUUUUUCUCUAGGAGUAAGAGUGUGAGGGAAAUCGAAAACAGUCGAGAUUAGUGCAGGGCUUUGUCGUAGAAAACCGGAAUAGCUAAUGUGUAUUGUUGAUUAAAUUCUGCAUUGUUCGAUAUUUUUACAUAUGGAAUCGAUGUUUUUUUUCACUGAAAUCUCGUUUUUUUUU